AUGUGUCCUGUUCAUGCAGCCAUCCUUCUGUACAUUUGUUCCUUCAUUUCGUUGAUUAAUCAAGGGCAGUCGGCCGGCCCCUCAGAAAUGAAAAACUCUGAAGCAAGUUUUAACUGGGACCCUCAUGGUUACGUAUUUUACUGCCCCUGCAUGGGUAAGUGGAUCUUCAGAUGUGGAAAUUAUUACGUCUAUCCGCCUUGUAUGUGCAUAUCCUCCGUUCUUUGAAUAUUUCCUAUGAUACUGACAAGGAGAAUUUAACAGUCCAGAAUUCUUGGUCUUUUAAAGUUUGCGGUCAUGCUGGGUCAAUUUUCCAUCAUUUGCCGCGUGAGGCUUAUCUUUAUGAACUCGGUAAACUUGAGCUUGCGAUUGUAUGCAAAUUGUUGCUAUAGGUAGCAUGAGUCGAAAUAGCCUUGCAAAUAAUCAGGUAAAGUUAUGUCAUGUUAUCAAAAGAAUAAGAAAAAUAUGUGCACACCUUAAUCAUAUGCAAAUCAGAGUUAAAAAAAGCAAACAAAAAAAAUGCAGAGUCAACAUGGUCUGCAGAGUCUGCAUGGUCUGCAUGGUCUGCAUGAUCUGCUCAGUCUGCAUUAUCUGCUUGGUCUGCAUGGUCUCCAGUCUGCAUUUUGACAUGACACUAAGUUGGUGAUCUUUCCUUCUGUUCUUGUGAUUCAUCAGUGAUACUGUAAAGAGAAAUUAGAUGCUAGUCACUCUCAGGGGUUAAACAAGGGAUAAAAGUCAUUGAUACAAUGACACAAUAUAAAGAGUAUGUAAGAAGGCACAAAUUAUUUCUGUUAGAUGUGGAGCUUAGAUUUUCUUUUUCUACAGGAAGAUUUGGAAACCAGGCUGAACAUUUUCUGGGAGCAUUAGCAUUUGCAAAGGCUCUUGACAGGACAUUAAUUCUUCCACCUUGGAGAACAUAUGUAUGUUAAGCAUCUUUCUAUUUUUUCAGUACAGCCUCAUUUUCUUGUACAUGAUGAGUAAACAACUCAAACUUAAGUUUAAACAGAGAAACUUUCCUUCCAUGUUUGCCUUCAAUGAUGUAUUUUAAUCAGCAACUUGAAACAGAAUACAAAUUGUGCAUAAUACAUUAAUUAAGCUAUGUAAAAUUUACAGGCUUUUAGGAUUGGGCUGGCACAACAUACAGAUUUUUCCCUGAUGGGAGGACGUAGAUAUAUCAGAGUCCUUUUGCUAAUUGAUAUAUAACUGGGGAUUCGUGUGUGAUGUAAAGGGCAAUUAUCACAGUGACCAUAAUUCUGGGACUUGUGUGACAACAAAUGUAGCGCUUUGUUGGAUGCUGAAAAGCCCAUAAUGAUUCCUUUAGCAGGAAUUAAAUGCAAGUAUGUCAGGCCAUCCAUUUUAGCUAAUUAUUCACUGUAAAAUGUUAUGAGUGUUUCAAGUUUUUCUUUUAGAAAAUGUUUGAUAAUUGUAGCAUUGACUUACCACCACUACAAACCUUUAUCAGUUUUGAUAAGGACCAAAAAGAGCCCAUUGUUGUUUUUAACAAUGCACUCACAGUUUUUAUCUUAAACCAGAGUUAUUUGUAUCUUUUCCAUCUGCAGAAAAAUGUACCUUUUUCUGACUUUUUCCAAGUGGAACCCCUUCAAACUUAUCAUAGGGUUAUUUUAGCAGAGGAUUUUAUGAAGCAUUUAGCUCCCACUCACUGGCCAAAAGGAACAAGGCGUGGCUACUGCUGGUUACCUCCUAGAUCUGAUAGGAAAUGCAUUAUGAAGGUAAAAAGGGGUCAGUGGAGUAGAACUGUGACAGAACUGUCAUGAAAUUUAAAUAACCACUGCUGGAUUGUUCUCUGUGGCUGUGUAUGAUUUGUCUAUUAUUUCAAUUUCCUAACCUUUAGACCUCCUAGGAAUGACUAGCAUCUAAUUUCUCCUUACAAUAUCACCCUUGAUCCAUGUAUUUAGGUCAUGAGAAUAAACAUAAUAUGACUAACUAAAGCAGCUAAUGAUUGUUAAACAAAUUCCCCUUGUAACACCUAAGGAAAUGCAUAGAGAACAUUACAAAGGCUAUGCAUACUGAUGCUAGGAUUGUUUUGUGUGCAUGGUGUCAAGCCCAAUCCAAACAAAAGUGUCUUUCUUGCCAGGAAGGAAAUCCAUUCAAACCAUUCUGGGAUGAACUAGAAGUGGACUUUGAUGAGAAAAUUGUCUAUCAUCUUGGAAUUCAUGUACAAGAUCCUUAUGAGAGGGAACAAUGGCAGAAGAAGUAAGUUUUGUUGGGAGGGAAUGGAUAUUUUUCUUUAUUAGUGAAAUCUCAUUACCUUCUUUACUCUGCCUCUCUUUAUGUUUGAAGCUGUUCAUACUUGAUGAACCUAAAUUGAAACAGUCGUCUUCUUUUCAUAUUCCCUAAUGGAUACUUCAGCCUUGCUGAAACUAAAUUAUUGAAAAUAGGUUGCAACUUAUGAUCUUGGAAAACAACCUGAAUUUUCCACAUGAAAAGAAACUUGUCUGAAAGUUUAGCUCCAUAACUAGGGUGAAAUUUCUCCCUCAUUUGACAAAAUUUGUCCCACUUAUCAGGAUUAUCUCUAAAGUCCUGAGCUAGUUCAUUUCAUUCUCAUCCUUAGCCCUUCAAAGCCCUUAAGUGACCAAGACAGAAUUUCUCCUUUCAAUAUCAAUACAGUAUCAAGAAGACAAGUGAUGAGAAUGGAGAAAAAUAUCAAUUAAGGUUCAUCAGUUGAUCUAAGAGCAAAUUCUGCUGAUGAACAGCAUAAGGAUUGUAUAACAGACAGUAAGGAUAAUUGCUAAUGCAAUCUUGGGAAUGAAAUAGGUAAAGAAAUUUGUUUUUGGGUAGUUAGAGAGAUUCUUAGUCAAGCAGCAUUGAAAAGAAGAGUAUCAUAGAAUUUAAAUGUCUUUCCUUAGAUUUCCACCAUCCAGUCAUCCAGUUCUUGCAUUUAGAGGAGCUCCAGCUAGUUUUCCAGUUGAAGAGCAGAAUCGUCAAGCGCAUGCUUUUUUGAAGUGGUCACAAAAGAUCAACAGUGAAGUGGAUGAGUAUAUACAGAACAAUUUGCCAAAAGGGCCAUUUGUUGGAAUUCAUCUACGUAAUGGAAUUGACUGGGUAUAGAUGACUCAUUUGUGAUAUAUAAAUUUAGUACUGUAAUUCAAUAGAUCUUAAGGUAGCAUUUUCUUUAAGAGAUAUUCCGAUGACCUGGUCCAUAGAUAUUCUCCUCUCAAUUCCAUCAACCUAAAAUUUUUCCCAUGUGAAUUAAACUGUACAGUUAGUUUACGUCUGUUACACAUCAUUAUGUGUAAUUGUGGACUGAAAACUUGUUUCCUUUUUUCUUAUUUUUGCAACUCUUUUGUUUUUGGGUAAUUUGGUAUGAACUGAGUUGAGAAUGUAAAUUGGCCACUGUUAAGAAUUUCAAAGCUGGUUUCAAGGGUUAGACCCUUAUCAGAGCAAAUGGAGGAAUUGUGGGUUGUUUGUAUGUGUUUAUGCAGAAAAUAGAGCUACACUAUUGGUGGGAAUCUGGUGACUAGAAGACAAGAAUAAUUUAGUUGAAUGAAAAGCGCUUGUUGAUACUGUGAGAUUAAGAUUACCAAUUUGAAAGAUAAAUUUUUGUUCUAGAGUUUUGUAGCUUUCUGAACUACCUAGUUGUAGGAAAACACUGCAAACCACUUUUUGGUGCUUUGAAUGAUUAGGGAGAUUAUAGUGUCUAGCAACUGGUUUGGAUACAUCCAUGUAACCUUUGCAACAUAGAAAGAAAUUUAAAGUAAAUUGUAAAGUGGUAAUUGAAAGCAAAUCUAACCUUACUUUAUUUCUCUCUGUAAGAGAAAUGCUUGUGAGCAUGCAGAAGGUAUGCCUCAGUACAUGGCAUCACCACAGUGUCUGGGUUAUUCACGAUACAGAACUGUUACAAAAGAGCUCUGCUUUCCACCCAAACAAGACAUCCUUAAUCGCACUGAAGAGGCUGUGAGAAGAUUUAAAGCAAAGGCUGUGUUUGUGGCCACUGAUAGUGAUCCAAUGACAGAGGAAUUGAAGUUUAGACUUAAAGGACUGAAUGUAAGUAUAUCUGUUUAGAUGCUACAGUAACUGAAAAGGAGCUAAUGUCAUGUUUUUUGUAUCUUGCAAUUUUUACCUAAAUUUGUUGCAGGGAGUCAGAAUCAUCUUCCUUAGAAUGAGUAAUAAUUUGUCAUGUACAUCUAUUGAAAUUGGGAAAAAACAUCAUUUGCUCUGAUGAAGGGCUUACUCUUGAAAUGUCAGAAACAAAAUUAUCUAAGAAUAAUGAAGGUCUGAGAGACUUUUCUUUUUUUAAGCUUUCCUUUUCACUGUGUCGUCGACCUCUCUCCUUCCAUUAUCCAGCUGUUCUUUCCUUUUUUCUGUAAUCCAUACCAGGUUCAGAUUUUCCAUCUCAAUCCUUGGUUGCCACAGAUAGAUCUUGCCAUUCUUGGUAGAGCUGACUUUUUCAUUGGAAACUGCGUGUCUUCUUUUUCCUCAUUUGUUAAACGUGAAAGAGACUCUAAUGGAAAACCCUCUACAUUCUGGGCUUUUGAUGAUUGAAAAGCUUGGUGUAACAGCAUACCAGCACACGAGUAGUAUCAUAGCAGAGGACAGAACAUGGAAAAUAGAGUUCAACAGUGAUCUGAAGCCAGGCACCAAGGAUUCAAGGCUUAAGUCUUGGAACACAAUGAUGGCCUGUGCCUCAAGAACACACCUGAAGCACAAAAACAGGUGACAAGUCUGAAACAUGAAAAGGUGCCAUGGGGCACAAAGAUGUACUGUGUGUAGCUUUUUAUCUUUAUCUUCAAAUUGCUACAUAAGCAGAAGAGAGCCCAUGGUUUAACUUGAGAAGGAAUAGUGUAGGUCUCAGAAGAUUAACAAUUGCAUACUUGAAGCUGUCGGGUUACGUCUUAAAACCAAAACCAGGUGCUCAUUUGAACUUAGACCUCCAAUGCAGGAAAAAGUGCUUAAAUAAGUUGCCAUUCACUUCAAUUUUGCAUCUGAUUAAUUGAGAGGAUGAUGCAGACUAAUCGGAGAGCUUAGAAUGUGAAGAUGAUGUAAUUUUAGUUAACCUUUGGCACCCCAAUGAAAGUAAAGACACUGCUGGUGUUAAUGAGGUGUACUGAAAGUGCCAGGGGUUUGGAGCUUACGUGGGGAUGAGUGCCAGACCCCAGCUGUAACACACUCAUUAAAAUAAAAUGCAUUCAUUCAGAC